AUGUCAGCCGUCAUACCCUGCACGCGGGCUACAGCCCAGCGAGUCGCCUUCCGAGCCGCACGAUGUAAACGAUUCGCAAGCACCGAGACUGUCGCUGUCGAUGCAGCGCCCACGACGCCCAUAUUGCCCGCCAGGCGUGAGCAGCGGCUGUCAACGCAGGAGCCGGAUCUCAGCCAGCGGUUGCACAGAGCCUUGUAUCCGCAUUUGUACGGAGAAGAUGGCCAGUUCAAAAGCGGGGAACUGGUGAGAAUGAAGCGCCGGAAACAGAAGAAGCCCAUCGACUCCAAGUGGCAGCCGGUGAUGAAGCAGAAGAGUGUAGACCACCAAUUGAGCCACCAGUUCGGCGUACCCGUCUUCAAGCCCACUACGCUCAACAUCAAGAAAACCUGUCCCAACCCCAUCUCAGCCGUGAACGCCUCGCAGAUCAGCCUCCUCGACCCCACCGGAGCACGAACCCGCCUUUUCGCAAAGGACAACCCAGAAUGCGCGCGAGUCGGCGACAUCCUGCUUGUGCGCCAACGCACCGGCGAUCCCUUCGCUGGCGUAUGCAUCAACAUCCGCCGUCGCGGUACCGACACUGCUAUCCUCCUGCGCGGCCAGCUUACCCGUGUCGGCGUGGAGAUGUGGUACAAGGUCUACAGCCCAUUGGUAGAGGGUAUAGAGGUUGUGCAGCGGGCGGCCAAGAGGGCAAGACGCGCCAGGUUGACGUACAUGAGGACUGUCAAGCACGACAGGGGAAGCGUGGAGAACGUCGUCAGGAUGUACCUCAGGCAGAAGGCUGCCCUGGGUACGUCCGAGGGACAGAAGAAGAAGGGUGCCGGGGCUGCAGCGGCCAUGAUGGGUGGCAAGAAGAAGGGCAGGGCCAAGAAGAGGUAG